ACGGGAUGAUAUAAGUCGCAGUACAAGUGGGAAGAAAGAAUGUAAAACUAUUGACAAAGAGAAGCAACAAAUCCGAUAUCUAACCGACAAAUUAUUCAAUUUAUAUAACAUUUAUAAGAAUGAGGGGGGACGAUUCAGUUUUGCUACUUUUUUUAGACACAAACCAGCAUAUAUUCUUUCUCCAAAUAUCCAUAACCGCAACACCUGCUUAUGCGUGAAACACAGCAACAUGGAAAUGAUAAACUCGAGUUUGAUAAGAAAUGGUGUAAUAUCUAGAAAUUUAAAUUCCAUCACUGAUGCAAUCUCUAAAUUGACUUGCGAUUUAAGUUCCUAUAAUUGUUUGAAUGGGAGAUGCACAAUUUGUAAAAAUAUUAAAUUAUCUUAUGUGUUAGAAAGAGAGGCUUUGACUAAAAGGGUCUACUGGGAACAGUGGGAACGUGUCGACUAUUCUUAUGAGAAGGCGGAAAAAGGGGUAGUGAAAAAAUAUACUACCAAAAAGAUGGUAAAAAAUAGAAAACAUGGUACAAUCACAGAAUUAAUACAAAUUUUUGAAAGAAAUAUACCCUCAUUUAAGAUUCAUUUACACAAUUGGAAACAUCAACAAAAUAAAUAUCGUGAGAAAAUAUUAACAUUAGGUCCAUUCGAAGCAUUGAUUCUUCGUAAUUUUAGCGAAAAUUAUGAAUGCAAGUCGCACGAAGAGGUACAGGCCACUCAUUUUGGAACUUCUAAAAGUCAAAUUACUUAGCAUUAUGGCAUAAUUUACUGGGCUUCUGAAUCGCAAUCAUUUUGCUCUGUUUCGGACAACAAAUGUCAUGAACCGCACGCAAUUUGGGCUCACCUCCUUCCAGUCAUUAAAUUAUUAAAUUUAAGAUGUCCUGAAGUUAAACGCAUUCAUUUUUUCUCCGAUGGACCUAGUUCACAGUACAGGCAAAAAAAAAUUUUUCUUUCUCCUUAACUUUUAUACUACUAAACUAGGUAUUGACAUAUGUACUUGGAACUUUUCUGAAAGUGGGCAUGGAAAGGGAGUAGCCGAUGGUAUAGGUGGGUCUGUAAAGAGAACUUUAGAUAAGCAAGUUGCUUAUGGCUGGGAUAUCACAAACGGUAAAGAAGCCUUCGAAAUUCUUAAGUCUGCGUCCAAAUCAAUAAAGUUCUUUUUCGUUGAAGAUUUUGAAAUACAAAUGGUUCAGAAUAAUGUUCCUAUUGACCUAAAACCGGUACCUGGUACCCUCCAAAUACACCAAGUUUUAUGUACGUCUAAUUCCUCAAUCUUACAAUACCGGGUAUUAAGUUGUUUUUGCCAAAUUGAUUAUAUUUGUGAAUGUUUUGAAUUAAAGAAGCAUUCCCUUCCAAAUUGCCCAACAGACAAAGAACCUUUUAAUCUAAUACAUUCACCUGAGCUUACUCUUACUGGAACAUUACUUGAAUCCAACACAAAAUUUAGAAGACAAUUUACAUCUAGAAAAUAAUUUUACGACAAAAAACUUACCAAUUAUAAAUGACUCCAGUUCAAACUUUAUUCUUACUGAAAACAGAUGGGAGGUAAAUUUCUUAGACACCUUAAUUGAUUCUACAGUUUCUGAUGUGACUGACUAUAGCUUACAAGAUCAUUCUCUAAAAAGACCAGCUUCUUCUAUGAAUGCAUCUACAAAAAAUAUAUCGAUAAAGAAUCAUAUUGGCGAUAAAGAAAAUAAAAAUCCUUCUAUUAGGACAGUAGUAUCUAGAAGUUUGGAGUGCUACGCAUGUAAAAAAAAAAUUAGAUUCCCGUCGGCACACUCAACUAAAUGUAUAUCGUGUUUAAAAUGGUUUUGUACAAGUUGCAGUGAAGAUAAUAAUAAUAUUGAUUUUAAUUGUAGGAAAUGAUUUGGUGAAGAAUACAUACUAUAAAAAAACUUUAAAUAUCAAACUUAUUACUAACUUAUUCAUUUAUAAUAUUCUUCACCAAAAGAUCUCAUUUAUGACUGAAUUUAAAUGAUCUCAUUUACUUGGUAAUUUGUUUGUAUUUUUUACUUUUGAUGGUAAAUUUAUCAACAUGGCUUUCAAGACCAAAUCGUAAACUAUACGCAAUAUAUGCAUUGUCAGUUCUUCGAAAUAGCUUAUAGUUUGGCCAGGAAUUAAACUCAAGCUUUUGAAUAAAAAAAUAUCAACCUAUAUUAUGAAACCAAACGACUCACGGGACUGAUUUUGACAAAAGGUAAAUCUGCAUCUUCAAUCACGUCUAAUUUCAAUAUCGAACAAUAUGUAUAUUAUUACCGAGAAAUCCUUUUUUCUUCCAAGAUGAUUCUUGAUAAAUUAUCUUAGAAGAAAAUGAUUUCUUCGUGUCUGUGUGCGGUCGAGUCUUUAAAUAAAAUGUAUGAAAAACAAACCUUUCUUUGAAAAACAUAGAUUUCUUUUGAUUUAACUCAUAACAUUGCUGUUUUAGAUUUGUUCCUAAUCAAUAACAUAAUAAUUUGGUGUCAUAAUACAGGCUGAUAUUUUUUUGUUCAAAAGUUUUGGUUUAUUUCUUGGCAAGCUAUUUUGAAGAACUGAUAAUGCAGACUUAGAUAAAUAUUAUAUGCGUAGUCUUUUGACCAUUUUUUUGAUAUUCCUUAUAGUUAACGAUUUGGCCCUGAAAGCCCUCUUGGUAAACUCACCUGCACAUGUUAUUUAUAAAAAAAACAUGUUGAUUAUUUCUAUCUUACAUAGAAUUAUGACUUCAGAAGUAAUUAUUUUACGCAGAUUUGGUGUAAUGUUGAUCUCAUUUUUCUGUUAAUGUGUAAUAGUCUUAAGAAUUAUGUUCCGUUAUGGGAUCAAUCCCUUCCGUGACUGUCCUUUAUUAAAUAUUCUUUUAUAUUUUGUUUAGCGUGCAAUGCUAUUUAAUUAAUUUAUGAUGUUAAUAUUUAAAGUGUAAUAAUUUGAUUAAUGUUAUUUUUAAAAAAGGACUUAUAUUUUGUAAUAACUGAGAAUAGUAAACAAAAAGUAUUCAAGUAACUUGGUCCAAAGAGUAACAUAAUGGAAAUGAAAAUGAUGAUUAUGUAUGUUGGAUAUUGUUGAUGUUAUAUUUUAUCUAUUUUGUUUUAUAAAAAAUAACAUGUGUCGUAAAUUAAACUAUUUCAUUUAAUUCCUAUGACUUUUAUUAUAUUUCUCUAAUUGAAACCAAGUAGUUUCGGAAUGGAAUAAAUUUAGUCAUACAGAGAUAAUAAAUCGGCAAUAUUGCGGUAAAUAAACCUGUUAAAGAGGUUUUAUUAUUAUUUUCAUAUAGAGAAAAGAAUUUCAAAUCUAAUUUAAAUUGAAAAAACACCAUAAUACAAAAUAUUUAAAAAUCAACAUAUUUUU